AUUAGAUCUUAAUGAGUUGAUUGGAUGGAGAACGAGGCCUGUGGAAAAUCAAAGAGAACUUCCCAACUUCUGGAGGAAAAAAAGAAAAUAAGAAAAGAGACAGAGGAAGACAAAAAGCAAAAUGAGACAAAGAAAUAAGUAUUUGAAGAGGCUGCUGACAUUUUCGGCAAUGGUCUCAUUACUCCUGCAAGGAAUAUGAUGCAAGAUACGCAUGCAUUUUGAUGGGGUGAUUAAGUUGUGAACUUCGAGAAGCCAAGUGUUUUCACUAGUGUUCACUCUGCUAGUGUGUGAGAAAAAAAAUGUUUGAUGGCUUAAAGCACAUGAGUCUUCAGCUAAAUGCUCACAAGAAAAUGGAUGGCUUAUCUUGCUGUCUGCCUGAAUUCAUAGAACUGGUCUUCCAUUUGAAAGAAACUUUUCACAACAGUAAAGAUCAAAGCAUUUUAAAUAUUAUUUAAGAGAAAUACUUUUUUAAAAAAAUAUAUUGUCUCUGCUACAAUUCUAUGUCUCUGAAUUUUAUUCUGGACCGUGUUCUGAUGGCCAGUUUCAUCAAUAGUUCUUAUAUACUGAACCACAGUUUGGCCACAGAUGAAGUUCUUAAUGCCUCAAUGUCGGAGGACAUCUCACACACAGCUAUCUCAAAAAAGAACUGGCCAGCCUUGCUGAUUCUGGUGAUCAUUGUGCUGACUAUCGGGGGUAACAUAUUGGUGAUCAUUGCAGUCUCUUUGGAGAAAAAACUACAGAACGCAACAAACUACUUCUUAAUGUCACUUGCUGUUGCUGAUAUGCUGGUUGGGAUUUUAGUCAUGCCGGUUUCCCUGAUCACUAUUCUCUAUGAAAAUACAUGGCCUUUCCCAGAAAAGCUAUGUCCUAUCUGGAUUUAUUUAGAUGUUCUAUUUUCUACUGCAUCCAUCAUGCAUCUGUGUGCAAUAUCACUGGACCGUUAUAUUGGAAUUCGGAACCCUAUCGAGCACAGCCGCUUCAACUCACGGACCAUAGCUAUUAUAAAAAUCACUGCAGUCUGGACCAUUUCAAUAGGCAUUUCGAUGCCAAUCCUUGUCAUUGGCCUUGAAGAUGAAUCCAGGGUUUUUAUUGUUAACAGCUGCGUUAUUAAUGAAGAAAGCUUUAUGCUAGUUGGGUCUUUUGUAGCUUUUUUUAUCCCACUGAUUAUAAUGGUUUUUACUUACUGCCUGACGGUACAGACUUUGCAGAAGCAGAUCAGCGUCUUUCUAGGUGACCAAAAACAAAAGCGAACAAACUUGCAUGUUUUUAAAAAGGGGAACUUAACGGAAAAUGCGGCAAUGAUAGAAAAAUCAGAGACUCCAGAGAAAACUUCAAGGUCACCCUCAAAUAAGGAAGCUAAACUCUUUCGGAAAGGGGCCAUGCAAUCAAUUAACAAUGAGCAGAGGGCUUCGAAGGUGCUUGGAAUUGUAUUCUUCCUGUUUGUAGUUAUGUGGUGUCCUUUCUUCAUCACUAAUGUCAUGUCCGUCAUCUGCAAAAACUCCUGCAAUGAAGACAUCAUUGGAGACCUCCUCAACGUGUUUGUAUGGGUUGGUUAUACUUCAUCUGGUGUCAAUCCACUGGUUUAUACGCUCUUUAACGGGGCUUAUCGCCGAGCCUUCUCCCAUUACAUUUGCUGUCAAUACAAAGGAAACAAAAAUCACUUCACUGUUACUGCUUCCACGUCAGCAAUACAUGAGAGGAAUCUUGAAAUGACCAGCAUGAUCAAUGGAAAUAAGUCACCGAGCAACAGACUUAGUGCCCCUGACGAAAGACUACAUGUGACAGUAGAAUCUACAGUAUCUUCUAUAAACAACUGCAUAAUUAUCAGUGAAAAAGUAUGCAAGCAGAAGCCCCUGCAUGGAGCGGAAGCACAAAGCGAUGACCAAACCGACAGCGACAGCAGCACCGAGUUUAUCGACAAUGUCGUACCGGUGGUCAACAGUUUGAAGACAAAGGAUGACGUAAUCGCAUCAAUGGAAAGCCAAUAG